AUGGUUACUGACUUCGAUCUGAAAAAACCCAAACCGACUGUGAGUGUAAAUCCUCAGAGCUCCGUCUACACUGGAGACAGAGUUACUCUGACCUGUAAUCUGCUGUCUACUGGAUGGACUUUUUUCUGGUACAAAGAUUAUCAGGAAUCAAAUCCCCUGUCUCCUGGAACCACAGACAACAACACACUCAAUGUAACAGUCUCUAAUGAAGGAGGAACACAGUACUACUGUAAAGCACGCAGGGGAAACUACGACUCAGAGAUCAGUGAUCCAAUCACAAUUACAGUGAGAGCGAGACCAAAGCCUGCAGUGAAAGUACAGCCAGCUGAACGUGUGUUCAUUGGGGAAACCGUCACUCUCACAUGUGAGAUACAGACUGGACGAUCCUGGCGUUACCUCUGGUAUAGAAAUAAUAAAGAACUCAGUGAUGCUGCAGGAAAGAAAACAUACACAAUCUCUAAGGUUAAAACCUCUGAUAAAGGUGAUUAUACAUGUAAUGGAACACAGUCAUCAGACCCAGAAUACACACAGACCAGUGAUGCUGUUACACUGACUGUAUCAGAAAAACCUAAACCUGAACUCACAUCAAGCCGUGAAGGAGCUGCACUGACAGGAAACUCAGUGACUCUGUACUGUACACUGAAGCCGCAGUCUGAUGGAUGGAAGUUUUACUGGAGCAAACGAAGACAGAGCACUGAGACUGAGACUGAAACAUACUCCUACAGUAGAUCAGUUGAAGUCUAUGAUGGAGGUCAUUACAAGUGCAGAGCUGGAAGAAGAAACCGAGUCUUCUACACAGACUACAGUAAUGAACUCAGGGUAGACGUUAUUGUGACGCCUAAACCUGAGGUGAUUAUAGAGCCUCAUACACAGGUGUACAGAGAAGAGAAAGUGACUCUCCGAUGUAACAUACAGGGAGGAGGAGGCACUCAGUGGACAUACAGCUGGUAUAAGAAUGAAAUAGAGAACCGUCACCACACAAAACAGGAGUUCAGCAUCAGCUCAGUUACAGACUCUGACAGUGGUAAAUACACCUGCAGAGGGAGGAGAAGCAGUUACUAUCAGAUCUCAGAGAUCAGUGAUGCUGUUACACUCACUGUAUCAGAAAAACCUAAACCUCAACUCACAUCAAGCCUUAAAGGAGCUGCACUGACAGGAAACUCAGUGACUCUGUACUGUACACUGACGCCGCAGUCUGCUGGAUGGAAGUUUUACUGGAUCAAACCCAGACAGAGCACCAAGACUGAGACUGAAACACACUCCUCCACCAUCAGAUCAGUUAGAGUCUCUGAUGGAGGUCAGUACAGGUGCAGAGCUGGAAGAGGAAACCCAGUCUACUACACAGACUACAGUGAUGCACUCUGGGUAAAUGUUAUUGAGAGUCCUAAACCUGUGGUGAUUAUAAAGCCUGAUACACAGGUGUUCAGAGGAGAGAGAGUGACUUUCAGCUGUGACAUACAGGGAGGAGACACUGAGUGGACGUACGACUGGUAUUGGUACAGUUACACAUUCUACCCAUCCCUCACAACACAGGGGAUCAUCAUCAGUGAUUAUGACAGUGGUAAAUACACCUGCAGAGGGAGGAGGAGAAGUGACUCUCAGAUCUCAAAGACGAGUGAUCCUGUUACACUCACUGUAUCAGAAAAACCCAAACCGACUGUGAGUGUAAAUCCUCAGAGCUCCGUCUACACUGGAGACAGAGUUACUCUGACCUGUAAUCUGCUGUCUACUGGAUGGACUUUUCUCUGGUACAGUGGUUAUCGGGAAUUAAAUCCCCUGUCUCCUGGAACCACAGACACCAACACACUCAGUGUAACAGUCUCUAACGAAGGAGUAACACGGUACUACUGUAAAGCAAGCAGGGGAAACUACGACUCAGAGAUCAGUGAUCCAGCCACAAUUACAGUGAGAGCGAGACCAAAGCCUGCAGUGAAAGUACAGCCAGCUGAGCGUGUGUUCAUUGGGGAAAACGUCACUCUCACAUGUGAGAUACAGACUGGACGAUCCUGGCGUUACCUCUGGUAUAGAAAUAAUAAAGAACUCAGUGAUGCUGCAGGAAAGAAAACACACAGAAUCACUGAUAUUAAAGACUCUGAUAAAGGUUAUUAUACAUGUAAAGGAACACAGUCAUCAGACCCAGAAUACACACAGACCAGUAAUGCUGUUACACUGACUGUAUCAGAAAAACCUAAACCUGAACUCACAUCAGAUCUUAAAGGAGCUCUACUGAGAGGAAACUCAGUGACUCUGUCCUGUACACUGAAGCUACAGUCUGCUGGAUGGAAGUUUUACUGGAGCAAUCAUACACAGAACACUGAGACUGAGACUGAAGCUAAAACAGACUUCUACACUACUACUGUAUACAGCUCAGUUAGUGUCUCUGAUGGAGGUCAGUACAGGUGCAGAGGUGGAAGAGGAAACCCAGUCUACUAUACACACUACAGUGAUGCACUCUGGGUAAAUGUUACUGGUGAAUCUCCUCCAGUGUCUCUGAUCAUCAAUCCCAGCAGAACUCAACACUUUACUGCUGACUCUCUCUCACUGAGCUGUGAGGACCAGAGUGACUCUACUGGAUGGACAGUGAGAGGAUACACACACAGUGAGACAGUGUCUGAUUGUUCAUCAGUUUCAGGAUCUACGUGUAACAUCAGCUCCCUCUCUACAUCACACACUGGAGUUUACUGGUGUCAGUUUGAAUCUGGAGGACGCAGUAAUCCUGUCAACAUCACAGUGCACAAUGGUGAUGUGAUCCUGGACAGUCCUGUCCAUCCUGUGACUGAGGGAAAUCCUCUGACUUUACGCUGUUUAUAUCGCAACUCAAGUAUCUCAGCCUCUGGUGUUGAUUUCUAUAAAGUUGGUUCAGUCCUGCAGAACAAGACUACAGGAGAGAUGACCAUCAGUAAUGUCUCAAAGUCAGAUGAAGGUUUCUACCACUGUAAACACCCAGAGAGAGGAGAGUCACAGAAAAGCUGGGUUUCAGUCAGAGGUGAGAAAUAA